AUGUCUACGGGAAACUCAAUGAAUGACAUUAGACUAGAGAGAACAGGGAAAGGAGGGGAACUAGCGAGAGUUCCGACGGGGUCGGAGUAUUCCGCGAAUGAUCAAGUGGUUCCCGAAAGCCGUGAUGAUCAACGUGGAAUCAAUGGUGAUUCAUCGAGGAUUCGUCGAGAUGUAACGAAGGCUGAGAAGCCGAGAAAGGGGUGA